GGGAUCUCGUUUUUCUUCUAAUAGAUUGAGGGAAAAAUGGAAGAAAAGUCGACAAGAAGAAGAAAAAAAGAUUUAGCUUUUCAAGAUCACCUAAGAUUCAGCUUUCAAGUUAUAUUCUAUUCUUUGGUUUCCACAAAGUAACUACGGGUAUUUUGUGUUAAGCUGAUCGCUGGUAGUGAUAGGAGGGAAGCUGCUUGGAUUAUUCUCACCAGCUUUAACGCUACUUAAGUUUGUUCUAUGUUUAGCCUUUUUCUCCUUAAUUUGUUUGUUUCCCAGUGCGCGGUGAAUACGAGAGGUUUGCUGCAAUGGAACAAACUAUUGUUUAGCUGGUACGAGAGGCGGAUCUGUUCAGCCACCACAAUUCUAGAUGUGCAAGGCCUGACACUCCAUCGGAUGUUCAUUGUUAAUGCUGGCCCUGGUUUUAAGAAGGUGCUCUGGCCUGCUGCACAGAAGUUUCUUGAUGCUAAAACUAUUGCAAAAAUUCAGGUUCUGGAGCCUAAGUCUUUGGGAAAACUACUUGAAGCCAUUGACUCAAGUCAAUUGCCUAAUUUUUUGGGUGGCUUAUGCUCUUGUCCAGUUGAAGGAGGAUGCCUCUCAUCUAAUAUGAGUCCUUGGAAUGAUCCUGAUAUAAGGAAGCUUGUAUAUAAUGUGGAAACAAAGUUUGUGAGGCAGAUUACUAGAGUAUCUGGCGAUGACCAGAAAGUUGACUUGUAUAUACAGACGUUCCCUUUGAAGUUUUUUCUUUGCUUCGGAGGCAUUACUUGCUCUGCUCUAUUUCUCCUGUAUGAACAGGACUGGAUUCACUGCUCGAUUGAUGCCUUGAGUUGUUGCUGAAUCUGUCUGUAUUUCACUUUUGUAUUUCAAAGACUAGAACAAUGGCUUCAUGGAGCCCUGAGCCAUCAUGGUUAUCUUACUUGGGAGGCUCGUAUAAUUUUCAUUAAUA